AUGGAGCCUGUCUAUUCGAAAGAACUGGAUGAUGAAUUAUACCCUAGAAACAGCCUGAGCUGUGAUAUACCGGUGCGAAUCCAUCGGAAUUCUCAGCGAGUGAUCAGAGGUGCUCGAAAAGCUCAAGCCGAUUGGUCAGCUUUAGUAACCCCUAGCAACAACUUCAAAGGGAUUAUCGGCGACUUAUUCAGCUUUAUCGAGGUCACAGUCCCGGAAUGCUUGCCUGAUCGGCUGGAGAUAACGAGCUAUGUGGUCGAGUUUGCAUAUUUAGGUGAUGAUACGCUAGAAAAAUAUCUUGCUGCGAAAAACAACCGCGCAGAGUCUCAAAUGUUGCAAACUUUUGGGGCAGAGUUUGAUCCGGAUUCGAAGCUCAAGGAAGAUGCACAAAAACAGCUCCAAUCACAAAUAUUCUCCAAAAUGGCCGCCAUUGACUUGCAAAGGGCGACUGUCGCCAUGAAGAGCUGGGCCACCUUUAUACAACAAGCCAAAAACAUUAGAAAAGAAUCUUUCCAGACGCUGCAAGAAUAUAUUCCAGCCCGCAUUAUCGAUGUCGGUGAAUCGAUAUGGUUUGGCAUGUUGACCUUUGCAAUGGGUCUCACGAUUCCAGACGACGAGUAUGAGCUUUGCAGGAGUCUAGCCAGACCUGCAUACACUGCUAUGGGCUUGACGAAUGAUCUCUUUUCUUGGGAGAUGGAACGGGAUAUGGCUGAGCGGCUUGGGCAAGACCAUGUCUUUAAUGCCGUGUACAUCAUCAUGAACGAACAUUCUGUCAACGAAGAUGUCGCAAAAGCUAUUUGUGCCAAGGAGGUGAUCAAGUUGAUUGAAGAUUUUAAAAGAAACGUCAGCAAGAUCAAAGACAAUACAAUGUUUUCCAAGGAUCUACGGGUGUAUACAGAAGCUCUGUUGUACAGCUAUAGCGGCAACCUUGCGUGGAGUCCUGCGACCGACUUUUUCCGCGCCAACGAUGCUCUCAGAGCCAAAGAAUUCGCCGCUUUUGUGACGAGUGUGGUAGCCCUCAAGAUGGCCAGUAACAAGGACGACCGAGAGCAGCUCGAUGAUGUCUGGGAGAGGCUCAAGAGUAACGAGGCAGUGUCCAAGAAGACCCUCAACUGGAUAGAAAACCCUGCCGAAGAAGGACUCCGAUCUCGCGAGAUUGGCGACCAGAUCGAGCUGCCCAUCAGGCAGGUGGCUCUCGCGGCUGGCGCACCCCACCCUCUGGGCGACGGGGCGAACCCUGAGGCGUCUUUCAGUUCGGCAAAGCAGAAUGCUACCGUGUUCAGUGCCAAGUUUGGCGAGAAGAAAAUCUUUGCGCUCGAGCUUCGGACCGUCACCACCCCGUGGCUCAGGCGGAGGCGGCUACUAUUGAAAGAUGAUGGUCUCGAAUUUGAUCCUUUGCGCCUCGCGGGAGAUGGCAGUCCAGCUGCGUAUCUCUGCAAACCUAUUGUUGCUCAAGAUCUUGUUCUUGACUAUUUCGACGAGGUUGAUAUCGAAGAUCUCAUUGAGUAA